AUGUCCGCUCCGACCGAAGAGAAGAAGGCCGACGCCGAGACGGCCCCCGCCCUCACCACCGAGACACCCGCUGCUGAGCAGUCUGCCACUGCGACCGAGUCUGCCGCUGCCGAGAAGACUGAGACUGACAAGCCUGCCGCUUCGACCACGGAUGAGGCCACGAAGCCCGAGCCCGCUGCUGAUAUCGCUGCUGAGGGUGAGGCAAGCAAGACGGACGAGGCAGCAAAGCCCGAUGUUCCUGCAAAGGACGAGGCGCCUGCGAAGCCCAGCGAGGCCGCUGCAGCACCCGCUUGGCCCGAAAUUAGCGACGACCACCCUAUCAACAAGCUGCUCAAGGCGCUUCCCGACCUGAUCACCGGUGCUGACGGCUACAACGAGGUCUACGGCAUCCACCUCGACCCUACUGGUCCCUUUCACACCAAGCUCAUCCUGCAGAAGUUCCUGCGUGCCAAUGCCAACGAUGUUGACAAAGCUAAGAAUCAGCUGGCCGAGACUCUGAAGUGGCGUGGCUCCUUCAAGCCUCUUGCCGCCCUUGACGAGGCUUUUGCUAAGGACCGCUACGAGGGCCUUGGAUACGUGAUUGAGGCCGAGGGCGUCCCCGAGAGCCCCAACAAGAAGGACAUCAUCACCUUUAACAUCUACGGCGCCGUCAAGGACAACAAGGCCACUUUCGGUGACGUCGAAGCUGAGGCCGUCGCCUUCGGCCGCACGUCCGACAUGCGUGAGAAGCUACCGCACUUCACACACAAGUUCCUACGUUGGCGCGUCGCUCUCAUGGAGAUGGGCAUUAAGAAGCUCAACCUGGCCAAUGCUACUCAGCCCAUCCCCGACUAUGGCAACGGCCCCGAUCCGUAUCAGGGCAUCCAAGUCCACGACUACCUGAGCGUCUCCUUUAUCCGUCAGGACCCUAAUGUGAAGGCUGCAUCGCGCCGCACCAUCGACCUGUUCUCCAAGGUCUACCCGGAGACUCUGAGCCGCAAGUUCUUUGUCAACGUGCCUGUUGUCAUGGGCUGGAUGUUCCAGACCUUCAAGCUCAUCCUCCCCAAGGAGACCACCAGGAAGUUCACCGUCCUCUCCUACGGCAACCAGCUUGCCAGCGAGCUCGGACCCAAUGUCCCGGAGGUCUACGGUGGCAAGACUGGCGGUCUUGAGACCAUUGGCGAGCAGACCAAGUUCUAG